UCGUUAAGUGCCAUCAAGUUUCUCAGUUUUCUUAAUAGAUUGCUCUUUUAUCCUGAUUCACCUGCUUGUGACCUUGUUUUUGUUAACAUAGAGAGCCUCAUUAACAUUCUUAGAGAUUUACUGGUGUUUGUCUAUAAUGCUCAUUCUGAUGCAAAAUAUCUACUUCCUGAUCAACAAGCACUCGUGUGUAAAGGUCAUCUCUCUAUUGAUAUUCUUAAAAAGGCAUCGAAAAGUUGUAAUAAAAUAUCCAAGGCAUUUUCUAGUUUUGACAAAAAGUUACUUGGCCUUUUUGAAUACCUUCUGAUUGCUGCACAGUUAGAUCUGCCUGAGAAAGAUACUUUUUUCAUGCCAGCUCUUCUACCUAUAAUGGAUGUAUCUAACAUCAACCCCUACCCUAACACAAUACCUCUUUUGUUAUAUUUUGAGAGUGCUAUUCCAAUGGGUCUCUUUUGUGCAGUCAUUGUUCAUCUUCUCUCUCACAAGGAAUCUCCCUGGAAAGUCGUUGAAGAGUCAAACUUUUCAAAUUAUUUCACUUUACAGUGCCCUGACCUUCUUGAAAGUGAUAUAAUACUUGUGGAACAACUUGACUGUAUUACAGUGUUUUGUAAAGUAGCUAACGAUUACAUUCCAGCAAGGGAAGCUGUAGAAAAAGCAGUUGAUGUAGCAAUAUCUAAGCACAAACUUAGUACAUGUGAGAAACCAAAAAGAGCAUUUUACUGUCCCUGUGGUAAAGAAAGGCAUGCAGCUAUAGUGUCAUGGCUUAAAACACAAUUGCGUUAUGUUUUUCGUUGUAAGAUUAAUCAAGAAUCUCAAAAAAUGGCUACUGAAUGCUUGAACUGGCUAGAUCAGAGAAGAAAAAGGCAGCACAAUGCAUUGCAACAUUUACCUGAUGAUUUGGAGACAAGUGAGCUAAGCACUCACAAUUUUAAUGUUGUGAACCUGCAUGCCCUUUGUACCAUGUAAGCAAGAAUCAUUUAUGGCCCAAUAUUUUUUUUAUUUACAAUUGUGAGAAUCAAUUAAAUACAGGUAAACAGAGUCAAGAAGUAGAUAAUUACAAAAAUUAAAGCCAACAUAUGUUCUUGAAUAGAUCUACAAAAUUUAUGGGCCAAAAAUAUCUCGCUGUAUGGUAACAUAACUAGC